UGUUUCUCCGAAGAGGUGGUCAGCUAAGUUAAUUCAUGACUUUCCUGUCAGCUCGCAUUCACGUCAACUCUCUCGAGUUAGCGGCUCCGACUAUUCCCUGGACCGAAGACAUUUAGAAAUAAGUCAUCUUGAAGUCAGAUGGUAGAAUGAGUCGCAGACAUAAUUUUCGGACAGUCAACGAUUGUACUAGAUUAAAAAAAUGAUUUUUGUGAAGUUCACGUUGUUUUAAUAAUUAUUUGGAUUUAAAAAAACAGUAAUACCAUGGCUGUUAGUUCACCCCCGAAAGUAUUUACAUUAAUGAAGGAUUGUGUUGUCUGAGUCUACGAGUGAGUAAUUCCGGGACAGGGUGUUUCAUUCGUAGAGUUGACUCAUUUCUACACUGUUACGUGAGGAGCUAGAUGGCCGUUACCUGCGGUUUAAUUUAGUAUUGACAUAAAUUAUAAUAUGCAACGACAACAGUGCUGUCGUCAACACCAGCGACAGCUAGCGUUUGAAUAGUUUAGAUCAGUGUGAACCCACCUAUUUCAGGCUCUCGGGUAUUUUACACAUUAUUGUAGAAAAUAUAAAGUCUCUAAAUGGAAGGUAACGUGCUCAGCGACUUAUACCUGGUUCAAAAAGGCGAUGCCAUGUGAAUACAAAUUAAUACUAACGCAGCUGACGACAAUGGAGUGAUUGUGAUUAAAGUUAAAGUCGAUACAAACCAUUUAAAGUCAAAGAUGGCACGUAAUUUCUUCCUCGUGUACUGCUAAACAGUCUCAUGCACAGUCAUGACAUUAGUGGUCGGAAGCUAUAUUGCAACGGUCAAUGUCCCUACAUGUGUGUUUUGGUAGUGUAGCGUCCAGCCAUAGGUUUCAGCACUGAGCCGAUAGUGCGGAGCAACACUUCAGUGGGUGAAUGAGAGAGAUGAGGAGCAGCAGGAGGACUGAUGUGUCUCUGAAAAGCUCUGCUCAGCAGCUUACAGAUCACCAUAAUGGCACAGAGCUGACAACUGCAUGGAAAAGUUUGUCCCAGUCCAAAGCUGCUUUGCGGCAUAUAGAAAACCGUCUAGAGGCAGCUCCGGGGACAGGGGUUCUCCUGGACUCUGUCAUGGACCCUCCCAAGAAGAAAUCCUCCAGGACGGUUCACUGCAGGGAUGGUCAACGAGCUGAUGAGCAUGGAGGGUCCUCAAAGCGCAGGAGGCAAAGUCAGCAGAGUCCAGAAAAGAGCAGCUCACGCAGCCCGCUGAGAAACGCCACCCAGGACAGCAAUGUCCGCAGAAACAACAGCGUGGAGUUCAGGGAGCCGCUAGCCUCCUACAGAGAGGCCACCCCUCCACCACAUCCCUCCUCUCAGCUGGAGGCCUACAGCCUGCACUCAGUGCCAGGGUCUUCGCAGCCAUCCUCUCCGCCCCCCUCAGAUCCUCUGCUUAGCCAGCUGGUCUACCAGAGAGACACCAGGGAUAAACAGACAGACGGGGACCUUGACAGCACACACUCUUCGGCUCUGGAGAGCACAGAUGUCCGCUACCUCAAUGACCAGCCAGCCCUGGACACCCUGAGGACUAUUGGAAACCAGUCGCAUCUCACGGGUGUCCGAGUCCCUGCAUGGGAGGAGGCUGAGGAGGAAAGCCCUGCAAAAGCACAACUUGGUAUGGAUAGCCAAGAGUCAAGCCCAUGUCCAGCUCCAGCCCCUGGCUCCACACCCCGAAGGGAGAGCACUCCCUCCACCAGUCCAGGCUCAGCUUCCCAGCGGCUGGAGAACCUAAGGCGACAUCAGCCGGAUGAUAAGCUGGAGAAGCUCAAAGAGCGUAUUCGAAGGCAGCGGCAACAUCUGGAGGAGUCCGCAGAGAGAGAGAAGCUGCUGGGUUAUUUGGAACAGCCCAUUAUGGCAGCUGUGGGGAGUAACAAUGCUGGCACUGGCAACAUGCCCACAGUCAAAAUACGGAAAGUAGCAGCUGCACCGCCUGCACCGAUAUACAAAGGUUUCAACAGCACUGAGACAAAGAUCCGGACUCCCGAUGGGAGAGUUUGGAAGGAGCAAGAGUUCCAUAACCUCAGCAGAGAAAUAUACAGAGACCUGUCACGACAGUUUGUUGAGAGCACCAGAUCAAGACAUCAGCAGCAGAGGGAACCGAGAACAGACAAGUCCAAAGAGAGGAGGCCUCCCAAACCAGUCAGGAAGGUCCAUAGAUCGGCUCCUUCCUCUGACCUUAAUGCAAAACCAGCGAUUAGCCCUGCGUCGUGGCGGGAGGGCCAAAAGCUGGUAAAGAUGGUACUGGGUCCAGUUCCCAGGCUGCCCAGGGAGGAGGACAGAUCCCAGCCAGCUGACAGACUGAGCAGAACAGCUUCCCGUCACCGCUCCAGCUCAGGCCCACGCUCAGAAUCAAACCCAGAGCUUCGCCCGAACAGCACAGAAGGUCCUCGACGUGGUUUUCAAUCCAAAAGCCACUCCACGACCACAUCUACACCCUCAUCUGCAGAUCGGCAGAAGGCUCCAGUGGGUGUAAGCACGGACCUGUUGUCAGCAGACAUCCAGGGGAUACUUAAUGACCUCCAGCUGGAGUGUAAAGCAGCUGAGAGGGAGGAGAGGUCCCGGCAAAGGACCCGGGGAGGGAGCAGCGGUACGAGAGGGAGGGGGGGAUCGGGGUCACGAACAAGGGCUUCAGUCUCUGUUUGGGGAAAUACGGUGGCAACAGGAAGCUACCCAAGAGGCUGCCGCAGCGCCAGCCCCACUGCACACCAGUCAGAGACUGCGGACACUGGGCAGAAAAAACGACACUAUGAUGCAGACACCGUUCGCCAAUACAUUUCCAGGCAACAAGAGGAGAGAAAGAGGCGACGAGCAGAAGAGAAGAGGGCACUGAGGGACGAGGCGGAGAGUAGAAACCAGAGACUGCAGGACCUCUACAGGAAGCAAAGAGAUGCGGCUAAAACAGUGGCCCUUCCUAGCGAGGCGCUUGUGGCCCCCGUACAAAAGCGACUACAGGAGACCUACACCAAACUGCUUCUGGAGGAGGCGCAGCUGGACGAGGAGGCCACACAGAUGCAACCAGCUGCUCCUUCUAGUCAAAUGAGACCGAUGUACCAGCCCUCAGGAGAGUCGGACAAAGAGAACAAAAGACUAGAGGCACCGCAGAGUCCCUCGAGCAGCGAUAGGUCUUUGAAUGACCGGCCACCUCCUCCAUUAUCCAGGAAUGAUCUGGAUAUUGGAUUUGCCUCUCUGCUUCAGCCUGACCGUCUGAGCCCAGCUGGUCUACCUACGACUGGUCCCAGCAGCAGUGGGUUAGCCCCUUUUGGUGAUCAUCUCCUCUCUCACCUUCUCAGGCUGGAGACCGCGGUGGCAGCUAGAGACCUCCAGCACACCCAGCGGCCAGCCACAACGCCUCCCAACAGGUCGCGGUCCAAGGUGUCCCGCAUCGAGGCCCUGAAGGCCACAGCCACAUCCCUCUCCAACCGCAUAGAGAGUGAGGCACGGAAGCUUGCUGGGGAGGGCAUCAACUAUGGUAUUGAAACGUCAAUGGACGUGGAUAAUAUGAGACCCUCUCAAGCUAACCUUGAUGAUGGAUGCUGGGCAGAAACGGCUGCCCCAGAAAAUGAUGACGUAGCCUUGAGGAUCCAGAGGAUUUUGACGAGCACAGGUCAUAGUUCAUACAAUGGCACGGCUCUACCGGGAACAGGCAAUCUGCACGCCCUCAGGGGACAGAAAGAAAAGAAAGGCACACACACCAAUUUGACGAAUCCACAAACAACUGCUGCGGCUGUGACAGGGCCAACUCUCAACAGUUACACACAUGAAAGGAGGAGGCUGGUCAACGGGCUGGACAAGGUAGAGAGAGUGGAACAAAGGACAGGGUGUGGAUUGAUGGAUGACCAGGAGAAGAAUCGGACAGAUCUCCACGACUCAAGUGCCGGUUCCAUCAGCGAGGGUCCUCUUCUGAGUGAAGGGAGUUUUUCUGAGGAUGAGGCAAGCCCUCCUCUCCCCUCCAACAAUCGUUGGAGGGGAGAGGCAGCGGACUACUGCGUGGGUCAAAGAAGGGAUUACCAGCGGUUGUCAGAGUUCCAGAGAGAGGCAGCGAAGCGCUCGGCCCUCAGCUCACCCUUUGCACAGCAUGACGGUAACAAAGCAGCCUGGGAGGAGCUGAACAAAGGAAGCCCUCUGAGUGUAAUCAACAUUUUCACUAAGAAUCUUCAUGGCCAUGUUCCAGUGAGUGAGAGGAACUCUCCCUCUGCCCAUUCUUUACACUCUGCAAAUGGUCCCGUAGACGCAGCCGUCUAUGAAGAUGAUUUUGUGUCGUCACAUAGCAGCGGAGCCAGUGGCCACUUGAAGAGAGGCUCCAAUUCUCGCAGUGUGAACAGCCAUUUUGAGGAGCUGAUGAGGAGGUCUCCUUAUGACAAAAGUACAGGAGGCAUCAAUUCCCAACAUUCACCCUUUCACUCGUCUAUACACUCGCCGCAUCCUUCCUCUGGUUCAACAUCUGGCUCCUCACCUUUCUCCAAGCACUCUGCCAGAAAAAGAGGCACAGCAUCAGACCAGAGUGAUGGCACUCUGGUAGAAGAGCCGAGGAGCUCCUGCUCACCUCCCUCAGAGGCGUUAUCCUCCGACUCCAGGAAGAGGGGCUCAGACAAAAGCUCCGCCCACAGCCAGACCAAGAGUGUCCCCUCUAAUGACACUAUAGGGGAAACUUCAGAGCUUUCUCAACAAAGUUUGGGUCUUGACAGUAAGAAGUCUCCAGCAGCCAGGCCCAAACAGGCUUCUCCGUCUGGCUCUCCAUACCCUGGUUCUCCUCCGGAAGCAGCCUCUCCCGGUGAGCCUGUGAGAAGUGCCUCUCUGGGGGCAAAUAAUCCAAACGCAGGCGCCACAGCUCGCAGUGGUAGAGCCGAGCCCAAGACCACAGCCGAACUACAGUAUUCACCUGCUGUCUUGCAGCAGCGUAUGGCGGCAGAGCUCCAGUACCUGGAGUCCAUCGAGGAGUCGGUCCGACAGCUGGGAGACGUGGAGAGGGUGAUGGGUGUGUCCGUGGCGCAGCAGGAGAGCGUGUCAUUGGCCCAGAUGCUUAAGGCCAGGCAGCAGUGCCACGCGCGUGACCUCUAUGAGCUGAAGAUCAAGGCUGAAAGGGAAGCCCUGGAGACACAGCUACAGCUGGAGGAAAACAGGCAGAGAGUGGCCAGGGCUCAUAUUGAACUGCAGGAAAACUUGGCGGCAAAUCAAAAGGAGACCUUGGAGGGCCUCCAGGAGGCAACUACCAAGUUGAUGACUCAACAGGCUGAGGCAGCGCGGUACACAGCUGACACUGCCCGACACAUCAAAGAGAUGACAGAAUUGGCACAGUCGCAGAUAACAAGAGCUUUGGUUGUCUCCGCUGAUGUUUCUGAUUCCUCCAUGGAGCGGGAAGAACAGCAGAGCUCCUAUUCAAAGCAGCGAAAGGACAAAAAUGACUCGGACAGCUUCCCUAGUGAGGUGUCAAGCAGAAAGACCAGGCCAGAAGAACCGUUGUCUUUGCUGAACAGCCCCAGUCGCUCUGAUUCUCUGUCCUUCAGAAGACCAAACCUCAGUGGAGGCGACUCUAGCAGUCAACAUAGCCCGUCACAUGCCUCGCCAGAGCACAGAGAACGGACGAAAAAAGAAGCAGUGGAGGGGCAAUGGAGGAAGGGAGGAGCUGACGAGAGGGCAGAGAGGGAAGCGGGCAGCAGCUCCAUAGAGGAGGAAGUUCUAACGGCAGCAAAUGACUCCCUCUGCAGCGACAGCAUCCCCUCUGCAGUGGACGAGAAAGGAGACAGUACGUCAGUGGCCACAGAGAACUCCCUCAAAUUUGAUGAGUCCAUGACAGAGGAUGAGAUAGAAGAGCGCUCCUUCCGCUCUCUGCUGCCAUCUGAGGCGCACCGCCGUGGAACUAUGGAGAAGAAGUCCCGCCACCAUGAGGAAUCAGAGGACGACGGAGCCAAUCACAACGCAACAUUGGUUUCAGGGGCACACAAUAUCUUGAAGUCUCAGGAUGCAAACAUGGCCUUUUCUGGCGGACAGGACAGCUUUUCCCAGUUCACCAUGGACAUGGUGCGUCAGUACAUGAAGGACGAGGAGGUAAGACUGCAGCACCAGAGCUCUCUGCUGCAUCUACGGCAGAAAGCUGUCAAAGAGAAGACCAGAACUGAGCUGGCCUGGCUAGAGCACCAGAAAAAGAGGCUGAGGGACAAGGGCGAGGAUGACAAAAUGCCCCCCAUCAGGAAGAAACAGAGAGGCCUUCUGAUGAAACUACAGCAGGAACAGGCUGAGAUUAAGCGACUUCAGGAAGCCAACAAAGCAGCCAGGAAGGAGAGGCAGCUGUUGCUGAAGCAGCAGGAGGAGAUUGAGCGGAUGAGAAACUCUACACUCCGACUGAAAGAGCGUCUCAAAUAUGCUGGGGAUGAAGAGCCACCUGAGACUCCUGUGUCAGAAACCCCCGUGUCCGAGGCAGCCUCCCCCAACAUGAGUCACCCGGAUGAUACCCGCAGCCCCUCUCCCUCGCUCUCCAUCUCUGGAAGUGAGACCAGCAGCAUCAUGCAGAAGCUCAAGAAGAUGCGCUCUCACAUGGAUGACAAACACCGAUCUCCCGUCCACUCCUUCCUUUCUGUGUUCACGGCCCACCACUGGGCCUCCCUCAGUGUCUGUCUUCACAACCUCCACCCUAAAUUCCAGCUUUUUAUCUACAACCAGUUGGUCAGGUUCCUGACAAAGCGGGAGCAGAAGUUAAUGCAGAGGCGUCACCAUGCUGAGGAGCUGCUGCAGUGGAAACAGCGUCUGGACCAGGAGGAGGCAGAGGUCCGUAGGAUGGAAAAGGAGGCCCUGGCUGUAUGGGACAGGCAAACACCUCGGGACAUGUCGGAGAGCCAGAAACAGGACAUCUCCAACAUUAGCCCCAGCUCCAGUCACCAUCGCAGCUCAGAGCAUAGAACUGACGGUGAGAAAGAGUUUGUGAGCGAGGGCGACUGUUCCUCAGCGACACCCGAGUCCAGUAUACACACGGAGGGACUUGUGUCCCAGCAACCAGGAAGCCCAUCUUCAGUACAACAUGUGUCGAUCCCUGAAACACCUUUGGCCUCUGUGACGAGCAGCCAUGCAAAUUACACCCAGGACUUCACUUCAGCUUCCUGGUCACCGAGCAGAAAAUCUCUCCAGUCUCCACUCAAAGGCAGCCACAGCCCGUCUGCCUCUCCUUCCGAUGGCAGCAGCAAAACCAAGAUGCAGCUUCGCUCCUCGUCCCGGACCGCCAACCAGGCCCGCGCUCAGCCAACUGAAUCCCCCAUGCCCAUGCAGACUGAGCCCAUUUCGGACCAGAGUGACAUAGAGAGCCGUAUCAAGGCCCUGAAGGACGAAGUCAGAAAACGAAAGUUUAUGGCUUACCAGCUAAAGAAAGAGCAGAAGAAGAGGCACAAGGAGCGCCUGAAGGCACAGGAGGCCAGCCUACUGAAGCAGCUCGAGAGCUAUAAUAACUUCAUUGAGAAAACUAAGGCAGAACUGAAAAAGGAGCCAGACUCCACACCUGAUACAAAGUCCCAGAUCAAAGAUUCCACCUCAAUCGCAGAGCAGACCAGCAUUAAACCACCUGCUCACGGGUCUGAAACCAGCAAAAUCUCUCAAAGGACGCAAAGUGAUGCUUCAUUGGAUCACAAUGCCCUACCUCAAGUUGAUCAUAGUAGAUCCACCUCAGUGCCUGAAGAAAUGUCUGAUGAGGACCCACCGACAGUCACUCCCACCCCGGUAUAUGGCAGCCCAGAGUGUCCGCCCUCCAGACCGAGGAGCCGCCUGUCCACAGAGGAACUUUUAAGACCUUCCUCUGAGGAAGCCCAGGCACAGAUGAUUGGGGAUGAGAACGUUGUGUCCUAUCAAAGAGCGGACAUUCAGGAUGAGCUGGAGGUGGAAGUAAGCUCCACAUCAGAACAGUCUGAAUGUCUUCUCAAACUGGAAAAGGAACACCGACUCGACUCCCAAGAGAAGCUGUCUGCAUCCAAACAUGUUUCCUCUCACAUGAGCGACGAACAUCGUCAUUCUCCAUCUGUUAGCGUAGAACAGGAUAAGAAAAUAGAGACGAAGGAAACAUCUGAAGCUGAAGAAGCUGUAAAAUCAAAUAUUAUCUCCUCUAACAAGUCACAUUCGGCUGCAUCCAGUGACCGGUCCUGCUCUCCCAACUCUGUUGCCUUCUCUUCAAAGAAGGAGGCGCCCAUAAAGGAUGUCGAGGGCUCCUCUCCUAUUGUAGAUGGUUAUCAUGAUGACUUUGAGUCUUCAGUGGAUUCUUCACCCAGAGAGGUGCGUCAUAGUCCGACACCUGCCUCUCAAAUCUCAGUUUCCCCUACAGAGAUCAAGGUCUCCCGUAGCAGAGCCACACCUUAUGACAGCCAUGAUGAGGAGGAAGAGGAGGAAAUAGCUGAAGAGCUGAGUCACCAUUCAGGGACUAGUGGAGCCAGCCACCAUUCUACGAGACUGCUGGAUCUUCAAAACCACACAGAAGACUCCAAACAUGACGGCAAGGAUGUUGUUAAUUCCAGCCACUCGCCACCCGCUUUGCCCGUUGCAGAUGAAAUGCCAAGUUUUAGCAUCGCAGACCGAGUUCUUGUUGGCGGCGUCCAGCCUGGCACCCUGAGAUUCAAAGGUCCAACCAGCUUUGCUAACGGCUUCUGGGCUGGCGUGGAGUUGGAUAAGUCUGAGGGGAGCAACAACGGCACUUACGAUGGGGUGAUAUACUUUGAAUGUGAUGAGAGCCAUGGCAUCUUUGCUCCUCCGGACAAGAUUACACACCUGCCAGACAAGUUUGAGAUCUACACAGACACCACGGAGGAUGAGGACUCGUUCCUUGGUGGUCUGUCGGAUAAAGGUGGGGAUAAACGUACAACAGAUGAGCACACAUCCCCAAAACAAGGACAGCUGAAGAGUGAAAAUGAAGAAACAUCGAACAAGGUCUAUAAGUCUGGAGAUAAAAAGAUAACAGACGAGUCCGUUCACAAGACCGGAUCCCACCUCAAUUCGCACCAUUACAAAGAAUCCCAGCCUCCCAUUUCUAAUGGCAACACUAAGGACAUAAUGUUGGAUUUUGAAGAUGCACCAACCACCCUCCUCAUCUCUGACUUGGACACGAUUGGCCUGGGGAAGCAGACUCGGACGGACAUCACUUCCCUUGUUGAGAGAGAAGAUGUAGACUCAAAUCACCAGCUGGGUCCUGCAGAUCUUUCUCCAGAUAUCAGGGACGUCAAGAGAGAACAGAAGGACGUACUGGACACAUUCGCAGACAAGCUCCUCAACAACGUUGUGAAAGACACUUUGGCGCAGUUUACUGAGAUUAAAAAGGCCAAAGAGCAGAAGAUAGAAGCUGCCAACCAGAUGAAUGGAGACCUGUUUGGUGAAAAUAUUGAACAAGAAGAAUGGUUCCCUUCAGUGCAACAAAAAGACGACCUUCCCUUCUUCCUACCUACAGAAAAAGAAGAGCUGUCUUCUCCAGAGCUGUGUAACCGACCGGAGAGUCCAGUGUUGGGGGCCAGUGGUCAGGAGGAGCUCGCCAAGCGACUAGCAGAGCUGGAACUGAGCCGUGAACUGCUGGAGGAGCUGGGUGACGAUCAGGACUGGUUUGAUGAGGACUUUGGCCUCAGCUCUCGUAGAGAACAGCAGAGACUCCAACAGAGGGAGGAAGGGAGGCUGGGGGGGCUGGUCUCAUCCUCAGGCGGGGAACAGCAGGCUAAGACUCCACCUAGACCUGAGCUACCUCUCCCCUUGCCCCCUAAACUACCCGAGCAGCCUGCCAUGGUUGUGCCCCACUCCGCCACAGAGGUGGAGAAGAUGGUCCACGCUGCCACUCAGGAGAUCUGGGAGAGCUGUGGCCUGGGGAAGGAGGGAGCUCUGACCGUGUCACAGCUGCCAAUCCCCAAACCUUCACAAGAGUAUCUGGGUAAAGACGCCAGCAGCCAGGACCCGGAGGCCCUCUGCCUCCACAGCUACAGAAAGGCUGUGUAUGACCUGACGUGGGAGAUGCUUCAGGAGAUCUAUACUGACGACCCCAACGCCGAUCAGCCUCAGUGGGUCAAACCACGCAGAGUUAAGUCCUCCUUCCACAGAGUGAAGACACCAGGAGACCUCACCAAAAUCCAGGAAUUCAUCUCAGCAGAAGUGCUGAAACUGUAUGGUCUGACGAAGGAUCACAGCCAGAAGACCGACUGGCAGAAGAUGCUCAAAUUUGGCAAAAAGAAGCGAGACAGAGUCGAUCAUAUUCUGGUUCAGGAACUCCAUGAGGAGGAAGCCCAGUGGGUCAACUAUGACGAGGACGAGCUGUUUGUCAAGAUGCAGCUGGCAGACAGCAUCUUUGACGCUUUGCUGAAGGACACUGCAAACGUGCUGACGCUGAUCUACGACAAGAGGGCCAAAAGAGAAGACGCCCUCUCCUGACUGCUUUCCUGUUUAGAUCUUAAACUACAACCUUCCCA